UCGCUGCGCCCCUCGAAGAUCUUCGAAUUACGAUCACGCCGCACCCUCGGUUCUUCAACCAACUUGAAAGUCCGAAACCAAUAAACAAUUUCUGGCGGGUGGCUCUGGGUACGUCUUGUUCCGUCUCGUUUCUCGGAUUUGGCUCCGGAAUUCGAAGAGGGAUCGCCGCCUGUCCCCUUUCGACUCCCACCCACCUCAACCCCUCCGCCCGUUCCGUCGCUUGCUCGGAGAACCUCGCGAUCCCGAUCGCCCCUCCCGAUUCGGCCAGUUCGAUUCCAAUUACGGCCGGACUGGUGAUCCGGGGGAUCGAGGAGAGGACAGGAUUCGAUUUUGACUUGGCGAUUCCAUUGGGUUGGGGGCUACCCAGCCAGCCGGAAGUUGAGGUUUUCCUUCUGCGGCGAAGAGAGCCGACUGAACAUGACGUGGCAUGACGAAGGGUACGAAAGAGAGGGGGAGAUUUAGCAGAUUUACUCGCUGCAUGUCAAUGCAAUGCCUGUGCUCUGGGGAUCAGAUGAACAGGAUGGAUCGUGCAGUCCAAUUAUCGGAAUACGUAGACAUCAAGGAUGGCCUGAACAGGCGGUACUCGUCUCCAAAUUUUGUGAUUGAGCAGCAUGCCAACAAUACUGGUAUGGAGGAUGCUGAGUUGUCCCUCCAGCGAGUUGGCUCCCUUAAUUAUGAGGAAGCAAGGGCAUUGCUUGGAAGGGUAGAAUACCAAAGAGGGCAUAUUGAAGAAGCACUUCGAGUAUUUGAUGGGAUAAAAGUAUCUACAGUAAUUCCUGAGAUGAAAAUAUCUAUCGCCAGAAAAGUGGGCCAGCAAAAGCCUCGCCCAUAUUCUAGCUCCCCAGCACUGCCAUUCCAUGCUGUUACUGUACUGAUGGAGACUAUAUAUCUCAAGGCUCUAGCACUUAAUGAUCUUGGAAGGUUUGAAGAAGCUGCACGCGAGUGCAGUACAAUAUUGGACAUUGUGGAAUCUGCAGUACCUGAAGGUUUGCCAUCCAACUUUGGAAAUGAUUGCAACCUCAAUGAAACAAUAUGCAGAGCAGUUGAGUUACUUCCUGAGCUUUGGAAAUUAGGAGGUUUUUCUCUUGAAACAGUCUCUUCAUAUAGGAGGGCUCUGGUUACUAACUGGAACCUUGAUGCAAAGACCAUUGCUAAAAUACAGAAGGAACUUGCUAUUUUUCUGUUAUACAGUGGUUGUGAAGCUAGCCCUCCCAAACUUCGAUGUCAAUUGGAUGGUUUAUUUGUACCUCAGAACAAUCUGGAAGAAGCUAUUCUUCUUUUAUUGAUUCUAUUGAUGAAGUUCAAUCUUAGGAGGAUUGAGAGGGAUCCAACUGUGAUGCAUCACCUUGCUUUUGCACUCUCUGUGUCUGGGCAGUUGAAACCUCUAGCUCGUCAGUUUAAGGCACUAUUGCCUGGUAUUCUGGACAAUAGAGAGUGGUUGUACAAUGUUGCAUUGUGCUACCUAGCAUCAGAUGAUGAUUUAACUGCACUGGAUCUGCUUAGAAGGGUAUUGAAGUCUGGAGAAGAUUCAAAUAGUUUCAAAGAACUUCUCCUGGCUUCAAAAAUUUGUUGUGAGAGCAGUGCGCGUGUUGGAGAAGGUGUUUUAUAUGCUCGUAGAGCCCUUGCCAUUCAGCAUGGGUGCUGUGAUCAAAUGGAUGUUGUGGCAGGCCGUUUGCUUGGCAUAUCCCUUUCAAAUCAAGCUAGAUAUGCUACAACUGACAUAGAGAGAUCCUCUCAGCAGCAUGAAGCGUUGGAGGUGCUUGGUGAUGCUGGAAAGAAGGCGCAUAACAGAGAUUUCGGGACAAUAUACAGUCUCAGCCUUGAAAAUGCUGUGCAGAGGAAAUUAGAUACUGCAGCUCGUUAUGCAAAGAAGCUGUUGAAAUUAGAGGCUGGGUCGGAAUUGAAGACUUGGCUGCUUAUAGCCCGAAUAAUGAGUGCCCAAAAACGAUUUGAAGAUGCUGAGAGAAUCGUGAAUGCUGCGUUAGAUCAGGCUGGGAAGUGGUCUCAAGGAGAUCUAUUGCAAACUAAAGCCAAAAUUCAGAUUGCCCAGGGCCAAUUUAGGAAAGCAAUUGAGACGUAUACGCAGAUUCUUGCUUUGAUCCAAGUUAGGAUGAAGAGCUUUGGUGCUGGCAUUUCUGUGUUGCAGGGUACUAAGACUGAUAAAAGUCUGGAAAUAAAGACAUGGUAUGAUCUUGCCCUUUUGUACCUAAGAAUGUCGCAGUGGAAAGAUGCAGAACUUUGCAUAUCCAAGAUAAAAGCUAUCAGUACAUAUUCCCCCUUUGCUUGUCAUGCUACAGGAAAGCUACUUGAAGCCAAAGGUUUGGCAAAGGAGGCUCUGCAAGCAUAUUCAACAGCGUUAGACCUUGAACCUAAACAUGUACCAAGUUUGAUAUCAACAGCUACUGUUCUUCGACAGCUUUGUGAGAAACCCUUGCCUGCAAUGAGAUGCUUCCUAACCGAUGCAUUGCGAGUAGACAGAACAAACCAUGUUGCCUGGUUCAACCUUGGCUUACUCUAUGAAGAUGAAGGUGACACCGCAGCCAUUGAAGCUGCUGAAUGUUUUAAAGCAGCUGCUGUUCUUGAAGAAACUGCCCCCGCAGAACCUUUCAGAUGACAUCAACACUUCUGAGGGACACUCUAACCAACCAUGAACCAAUCAGACGUUUUACAGGAAUGGAAAUGGUAUAGGCAACUUUGGCACAAAGGUUUCAACUUUUUUGUACGCUGCGUCUUUUCGCCAUUUCCUCAUCUCCCAUUUGAGUCUGGAAAGUGGUGUGUGUAAGUAAAGUGCUUAGGAUAGAAAAUACAUGUAAUGUACCAUAAUUACUCGUUUUAUUUUUUUCUUGAAUGCGCAGUAGAACUGCGCGUCGUUGUAAUAAUAGAUAGAAAGUGCGGUCCAAAUUACUCGUUUUAUUGUAUAACAAUGCCUGAUAGCAUGCUAUAGAUAACACUUCUUGGGCAUUAUUAUUAA